CCGGAUCGAGUGUGUUGGGUUGCUGCAUGCCUUUCUCUGUCUGAAUAGAACUCAAAUAUCUCUCCUCUCUCUCUCUCUCCUUCACAUGCUCUCUCUCUCUCUCUCUCUCUAACACAUUCUCGACCCGCGAUCGAUUCUCUAACACGCAAGCGCUCGCCGUCCUCGCUGCCCAAGACCCGCCAUUUCCGUUCGCCGUUUCAGAGGGCAUAAUGUACUCGGCGCUUCACUCGCUGCCGCUCGACGGCGGGUGCGUCAGCCAGAGCAGCGGCGACUUCCACGGCUCCCUCGACGGCGCCAGUCUGCCCGGCGACUCCUGCCUCGUACUCACCGCCGACCCCAAGCCCCGCCUCCGCUGGACCGCCGAGCUCCACGAGCGCUUCGUCGAUGCCGUCGCCCAGCUAGGUGGUUCCGACAAAGCAACCCCAAAGACUAUUUUGAGAACCAUGGGUGUAAAAGGCCUUACUUUGUAUCACUUGAAGUCUCAUCUUCAGAAAUACCGUUUAGGGAAACAGUCGGGCAAAGAUUCAAGUGGCAACUCCAAGGAUGCCCCAGGUGAUACGGAGAGUCUGAACACAGGCUCAUCGGCUACGUCUUCAUCAAGAAUCCUCUCCCAGGAACUUAAUGAUUACGGAGUUACCGAAGCUUUGCGUGUCCAAAUGGAAGUCCAACGAAGGCUUCAUGAGCAGCUGGAGGUCCAGCGCCAUCUCCAACUGCGGAUUGAAGCCCAAGGGAAGUAUCUACAAUCAAUACUUGAGAAAGCUUGUAAAGUUCUCAAUGAUCAAGUUGCUGUCCCUGCUGGGCUUGAAGAAGCCAGAGAUGAGCUCUCUGAACUAGCUAUUAAGGUCUCUAAUGACUGUCCUGCACUAAAGCCUGUUGAAACUCUGAAGAUGCCUUGUUUCUCCGAACUAGCAGCUGCUCUAGAUAGCAACUCACAAUCUGGUUUGCCAUCUCGGUUUGGUGACCCGUCAGCGAAAAGCUGCUUGACAUCAUUGGACAGCUCAAUUUCGCCAAAUACUUUAGGUUUGCAUGUUAUUUCCAUGAAGAAGAGACUAAGGCCGGUGUUUGAUAACCGGGAACUAUUGCCAAUGGAAAGCAGCACACAAAAGCAAGUAGACUGGACGAUGAAUAAUAUUGGAUGAAGUAUGAGCAUGUGCCUCCAGCGAACAUAACACCAUCAUCAUUAUUUGUCCUUGACAUCAUGGUUUCCUGUUUGGUUGAUCCAACUGGCAAUGUCAAUUGUAGAAACUGUAGUCUGUAUAUCUUGAAAGUAGAUAUUCGGAAUUGGCGCACAUUAAUGGUAUAAUUGAGGUUUCUAGCAUAA